AUGCAUGAUGAUGAUGAUGAUGAUGAUGAUGAUGAUGAUGAUGAUGAUGAUGAUGAUGAUGAUGAUGAUGAUGAUGAUGAUGAUGAUGAUGAUGAUGAUGAUGAUGAUGAUGAUGAUGAUGAUGAUGAUGAUGAUGAUGAUGAUGAUGAUGAUGAUGAUGAUGAUGAUGAUGAUGAUGAUGAUGAUGAUGAUGAUGAUGAUGAUGAUGAUGAUGAUGAUGAUGAUGAUGAUGAUGAUGAUGAUGAUGAUGAUGAUGAUGAUGAUGAUGAUGAUGAUGAUGAUGAUGAUGAUGAUGAUGAUGAUGAUGAUGAUGAUGAUGAUGAUGAUGAUGAUGAUGAUGAUGAUGAUGAUGAUGAUGAUGAUGAUGAUGAUGAUGAUGAUGAUGAUGAUGAUGAUGAUGAUGAUGAUGAUGAUGAUGAUGAUGAUGAUGAUGAUGAUGAUGAUGAUGAUGAUGAUGAUGAUGAUGAUGAUGAUGAUGAUGAUGAUGAUGAUGAGAUGAUGAUGAUGAUGAUGAUGAUGAUGAUGAUGAUGAUGAUGAUGAUGAUGAUGAUGAUGAUGAUGAUGAUGAUGAUGAUGAUGAUGAUGAUGAUGAUGAUGAUGAUGAUGAUGAUGAUGAUGAUGAUGAUGAUGAUGAUGAUGAUGAUGAUGAUGAUGAUGAUGAUGAUGAUGAUGAUGAUGAUGAUGAUGAUGAUGAUGAUGAUGAUGAUGAUGAUGAUGAUGAUGAUGAUGAUGAUGAUGAUGAUGAUGAUGAUGAUGAUGAUGAUGAUGAUGAUGAUGAUGAUGAUGAUGAUGAUGAUGAUGAUGAUGAUGAUGAUGAUGAUGAUGAUGAUGAUGAUGAUGAUGAUGAUGAUGAUGAUGAUGAUGAUGAUGAUGAUGAUGAUGAUGAUGAUGAUGAUGAUGAUGAUGAUGAUGAUGAUGAUGAUGAUGAUGAUGAUGAACCAAAUUUCUGUAAUGAAAAAGAAAAUCAACGCGAUAUAUGACCAUUUACAUAAUCAGAAAGAACUAGUCACUUCAUGCCUAAUAGGUUAA